AUAAUAUAUACCAUUGUAUAUAAAAUAAAUAUUUAAUUAACCUUUUAGACAGACUAUUGUCUAGCAUAAACCUGAUAAGUUCAGUACUACAAAGAAUAUUUACUAUAAAAAUGUAUAUUUUUUGAGUUGCAAAAUGCAUUACUUCACAUCUUCUCGAUCAAUUAAAGGCAGUGUUAACAAUUCAAUAUUCAACACUUCAUCUGAUUUUUAUAUUAUUCGGAUAAUGGUUGAUGCUGAUAGUGUCAAAACUGAUGAAGCUGUUGUAUACAAAAGUAUUAUACUGAGUAACAAUGAACGAACACCACAAGUGAUUAGAAAUGCUUUGCUGAAAUUUUGUAUCGAUGAUGAUCCAGAAAACUAUACUCUGUCCCAUGUUUUACCUGAUAAAGAAGUGAUCUUACCAAUGUCAGCCAACGUCUACUAUGCAGUAAAUUCAGUGUAUGAUUUGAACUUUUUGUUACGUAAAAAAGUACAGGAAACAACACAGUCUCUAUUGAAUGAGUUAAUCCUUAAAAUGUCCUUGUGA